ACAAAUAAAUAAACCCCUUUUAAUUAACAAUUCUCUUUAGCAAAAGACUUUAUAUUUUCUUCAUACCUGUAAAGAUUGUAAUUGUAUUUAAAAACAAUCAAAAUAUUUUCCUAUUCAGCUAGACAAAAACAAAAAGAAUUUUUAAUAAUGUUUACCCACAAUAAUCACAUUGAUUUAAGACUUAAAACAAAAAACCAAAAUCUAUAUAAAUACCACAAACCAAAGGAGAAGUUAAAAUAGAACUAUACAAUUGGUGUAAACAAAGAAAACGGAAAUGUUUAAUCCUAAACCAAAAGGAGAUCCUAAAUAUCGUAUACCACGUCAGUGUAUUUGGUUAAAAAUGAAUGGUUCUUGGCCUUUUGAUUAUGAAACUGAACGAGAUUUUUAUAAUGCACAUACCUUGUAUGGGAUAUUAUAUUCGUUGUGGUCGUGGUAUAUUAUAUGUUCGGUGGGCCUAACUAUAGGCUUUCAAACGGCUUUUUUGGUUAAUAAUUUAAGUGAUAUUAUGAUGACUACCGAAAAUUGUUGCACCACAUUUAUGGGGGCCUUGAAUUUUAUACGCUUACUACAUAUGCGUCUCAAUCAAAGAUCUUUUAGGGAGAUCAUACAACAGUUUGUGGAUGAUAUAUGGAUUAUUAAAAAAGAUAAUCCUCAUGUAGCAGCUGAAUGUUCCCGUAACAUGCGUACUUUUCGCAUAAUGACUGUUUUACUAAGUUGUUUGAUUGCCAUGUAUUGUGUUUUACCACUUGUUAUAUUAUUCUUUGAUGUGGGCUUAGAUGCCGAAGAAAAACCAUUUCCCUAUAAAAUGUUAUUUCCUUAUAAUGCUCAUCGUGGUUGGCGUUAUGUGGCCACCUAUAUAUUCACUUCAUUUGCGGGAAUAUGUGUGGUGACUACCCUUUUUGCCGAAGACUCAAUAUUUGGUUUCUUUAUAACGUACACCUGCGGUAAAUUUAAAAUUCUACAUGAACGUAUAGACAACUUAGUGAUAGAUGCUUAUUUUAUGGCCCGCAAUAGACAAGAUGACCAGGAAAUACAAAGGUUGUAUAUAAGACUUUGUAUAAAACUAAAUAAAAAAUUAUUCAUCCAAUUUAGUUUAAUAUAUAUAUUUUCUAGAUUUGCCAAUCGUUUGGAAAAUUUUUUCAAUCCCAUUUUAUUGGUAAAUUUUACCAUUUCCUCCAUAUUAAUAUGUAUGGUGGGUUUUCAAUUGGUAACGGGCAAAGACAUGUUUAUUGGGGACUAUGUCAAGUUUUUGGUAUACAUUUCCUCUUCCCUCUCACAAUUAUAUGUUUUAUGCUGGAAUGGUGACUCCUUAAUACAACAUUCCACCGAAACUGCUCAACAUUUAUAUAAUUGCAAUUGGGAAGGUGAAAAUGUGUAUUUAACCUCUGCCAUUACACAAUAUCAAAUGGCUAAAGAAAAUCUUAAAAAUUCUAACAAUACUUUAAGUAAAAGUUUAAAACAACAAAACCUAAGAAAUGAUUUGCAUAAUAUACACUUUAUACCGGCCAAUAAACAAUUUCGACAAAAUUUGGAAAUCAUGAUUAUGUGCAGCCAAAGACCAGUGAAAAUUACCGCUUUAAAAUUCUCCACCUUAUCAUUGCAAUCUUUUACCGCCAUUUUGAGUACUUCUAUGAGUUAUUUUACACUAUUACAAACCGUUUACAAUGAAAACAAAGAAGAAUUGGAACAUAUGACUUAAAAACUCGAUAACGUA